GCCCCCCAAUAAAGGCUCGGUCAGCGGGAGCCCUGCCCCUCAGAGCACUCGCGGGGAUUCUUCCAGUUGUUGCUGCUGCUGCCGCCGCCGCCGCCUCCACCACCACCACCACCACCACCACCGCUGCUGCAGCCUCCGCCCUUGCCCCAACCGUCACUGAUCCUGGUUCAGCCUCUGGGAGCUAGCAAGAGACCACUUUCACCCCUCCCCUCCCCCAGCUGUGGCCCAGUCAUGCCAACUCCAACCCGAUGCCUCUUUCUGGGGUUCUGUGUUUUGGUCCUUUUGGAAACUGCUACGGCCCAGAAAUCAAAAACUUUAUUCUUCCCACCAGUUUCUUGCCGUCCCCGGUGUCCCUAUAAUGCCAUUUGUAUCAAUGGGACUCAGUGUACCUGUAAGGAUGGAUUUGCUUCUGUGAGUCAGAAGAAAUACUUCAAUGACCCUUUGGAGAUCUGUGAAGAUAUUAAUGAAUGUGCACCACCCAUCAGUAUAUCAUGUGGUAAGAAUGCAGACUGUGUUAAUACAGAGGGAAGUUACCACUGUACCUGUAUCUCUGGAUAUGAACUUCCUUCUAAGAAUACAACAUUCCCAAAUGAGACUCUUAAUAAAUGUCAAGAUAUUGAUGAAUGUCAGCUCAACAGCUCACACUGUGCACCCCAUGGGAUCUGUAUCAACACCCAUGGAAAGUAUAUGUGUACAUGCAAGUCAGGUUUUGCCAAAAGCAUCCAGGACGAGGCUAAAGCGUGCAUAGAUAAGAACGAAUGUUCGGACUCACCAAACAUCUGUGAACCAAAUGCAAACUGCGUUAAUUCUCUUGGAAGCUAUACGUGCCAAUGCAAACCAGGCUUUGCCAGAAGCAGUGAGAACCAGUCCAAAUGUAGAGAUGUGGAUGAAUGUCAUCUCAACAGCUCACUCUGUGCACCCUAUGGGGUCUGUAUGAACACCCCACUUGGAAGCUAUAGCUGUGAGUGCACACUGGGCUUUACCAAAAGCAGCAAGAACCAGUUCAAGGAGUGCAUAGAGAUCUCCUUCCCCUCUUGGACACCACCCACUGGAGUGAGUGAGAAAUUCCUCGACAAAAUGGCAUCGAUGGAGAAAAAGUUCAAAACUGCUUCUGCCAAGCAAUCCAUAGAGUGGUUCGUGAAGGACAUUGAAGAACUUCUAAAUAUGUCCAGAGACUAUGAGCAUCUGCCCUUAGAGGUUCGGCUUCAAGUGGCCACACACCUGCUCUCUAGCCUUGAAGAAAUCCUUCUAGGCCUUGCUGACUCCAUGCCCAAUGGGCCCCUGGUCUCUCCUACCCCAGGAGGCACAGAGCUGUCCAUGAACAUUCAGGAGAAUCCAAGUGGGAUCGUCGAGGUGGGCAGGAGCCACACGAGGAUGAAGCUGGACUGGAAUUUGGCUUGGAAGCAAGAUGGCCCAAAGAAGGCUGUCGUCGGCCUGUUCUCCACCAAGAAGUUAGAGACCCUGUUGGCUGACGCCCCCCUCACCCUGGAUCCUGAAAAGCAGAGGGCCCUUCGGCAAGAGAAUGAGGACGCUCAGGUUGGAGGGGGCAUUCCGGUUCUGCUCUCUGCCGUCAGCACGGCCUUCCUGAGCAACAAGGACACCAAAAAUCUCAGCUCCCCCGUCACCUUCGCCUUCUCCCACGAAGUUAAACCCACUGGGCCAAGGAAGGAAGUGAUCUGUGCCUUCUGGGAACACGACAAUGACGGAAGUGGUCAUUGGGCAACGACUGGCUGUGAGAAACUGGGAAGCCAGGGGAACAGUACCACCUGCCGUUGUACCCACCUCAGCAGCUUUGCCAUCCUCAUGGCCCAAUACGAUGUAGAGGACUGGAGGUUGUCGCUGAUCACUCAAGUCGGGCUUGGGGUGUCCCUGGUCUGCCUGCUCCUGUGCAUCAUCACCUUCCUACUGUGCCGGCCCAUCCAAGGCUCCCGCACCACCAUCCACCUGCACCUGUGCCUCUGUCUCUUCGUCGGUUCCACCGUCUUCCUGGUUGGCACCGCCAACCCGAACCAAGGCCAGGUGGGGCUACGCUGCCGCCUCGUGGCCGGUCUGCUGCACUACUGCUUCCUGGCCGCGUUCUGCUGGAUGUGCCUCGAGGGCCUGGAGCUCUACUUCCUCGUGGUGCGCGUGUUCCCGGGGCCGGGCCUCCGCACGCGCUGGCUCUGCCUGCUGGGCUACGGGACGCCCGCCCUCAUCGUGGCCAUCUCAGCCGCAGUCAACAGCCAGGGCUACGGCCGCCCCCGAUACUGUUGGCUUAGCCUGGAAAAGGGCUUCAUCUGGAGCUUCCUGGGUCCCAUUACACUCAUCAUCGCAUUCAAUGCCUUCAUCUUUGUGAUCACGGUCUGGAAACUCACCCAGAAGUUCUCCGAGAUCCACCCCGACAUGAAAAAGUUAAAGAAAGCUAGGAUGCUGACCUUCACAGCCAUUGCCCAGCUCUGUAUCCUGGGCUGUACCUGGAUUUUUGGUCUCUUCCUGUUCGGCCCUCAUAGUAGGGUCCUAGCCUACAUUUUCACCAUCCUCAACUGUUUCCAGGGCUGCUUCCUCUUUCUGCUGCAUUGUCUUCUCAACAAGAAGGUCCGAGAGGAGUACCGGCGCUGGGCCUGCAUUGUCACUAAGAGCAAAUACAAUGAGUUUUCCACCUCUACAACUAGUCAGAGUCGGGCCCUCAGACCUUCGCUGGAGUCUGGGAUGUGAAAGGUGCCUGAUGGGCCCUGUGAGGACACUGCAGCUUUUGCACAUGCCAAAGAAUGAUUCUUCCAACUAUUCUAUAACCCCUCUUCCCCACUACUCCUAGGGAGUCUAUCUUCCCUUCAAAGUGGGCCAUAUUCCCCUCGUAUAGCCUAAACAUCCAGGGGAUGAAGAGCCAGCUUACAAGAAAACCAAAAAGGUAGCUCCUGCUUUUCUGAAGGAGGGCAGAGAAAUUGUCCUGGCAUAAAAAUAUGCAACCCAUGAUUUCUUCCCCACUGGAACCAACUCUCUGGACUUAUGUUCCCUCCUUCAGCUUUGGCACCAAGGGCCAGGACCACAGAAGAGGUGAAACAGGACCCAAUUUCCCCUUUCUCCUAUUAUUAGGAAGCUGUGUGAAGAUAGUGACCGAGGCAAACGGUACAAAGGGGCUUGGCCCCAUCCCUACCCAGUGAAGGAGGGCACAGGCAAUUCUGCUGCCCAGGGGCCAGGGAAACCAAAUCAAGCAUGGUGUGGACUUUUUUAUUUGUUUAUAUUUAUCUUUUUUUUAAGCUUUCUAAGGCGGAUAUUUCAAAUUAAACAGAUUGAUAUAAUA